AGAGUCAAAAAGCGUCUCAUUCUCCUGGGAGGGAGAAAAAAUAUUUAAAAAAUUGUCUCCCUUCCCCAGCAUCAUCUCCCCUUUUCUCACUCAGUCUUCUCUGCCAUGCCUUUCCCAUUUCUCCCCUUUUCCGCCAUGGCCAACUAUUUGGACGAGUUCCGGAAAUGGCAAUAUGAGAACUAUUUUUUUUGGUUCUGGGUGGGUGGAGUUCCGUCUUUACUGGGGAUGAUUUUGCUUGCUCUGAAAGAUCGUUUGCUGACCUGGGUAGCCGUAGUAGCGUUCUUCUAUUCCGUUUACUGUGCGGUCAAGAUUUGUCUGAAUGGCAGGUGGUGGCCCCUGGAAGGAUUGACGUUGCGCCUGAUGCAUUGGACUGGUAGAGCUCCUCUCCAGGUGGGCGGUUUCAUUUUCGCCGUUGUGAUUGGCAUACUGGUGACGAGAGCGGAGUUGAAACCCUGGGUUGUUCUGGCAUACACCGUGUACGCGUACUCCUUCUCUCGCUUUAUGAUGUUCCGGGUGACCUUCGACUUUACGAGCGCCUGGAUCUGCACCACGGCAAGCACCGCCUGGGGCGUGGUAGUGAUAUGGAAUGAUGAGGGUGAGUUUGUGGGUACGAAUUUGGUCUAUGCGGUGCCUAUCUCCUGCGUUUUGGUGCUGUUGAUCUGCCUUGGCAAGUACCUGGACGAGUACCGUCCGGCCACAGAUAGGAUCUACGACAAGGGGAGGGCAGGUACGUGUGGAUUCCAGGAGAGACCAGAGAAUGCCGAUCCUCCUCCAGGCUUCAUCCAGCCAACCGAUGGUGACACCGAAAGGGAGCAGCAGGAGCCGCGGCAUGCUUCUGUUUCGCACGGUGAUGAGGAGGCGAUGCUGGGAAGGUCUUCUUCCGAAGUACGUGCUGUCCUUGAAACGGAAGCGAUGUUGGCCCGCGAGUCCGGCGGCGGGGCGAUGGUGGGCUCGUCUUCUUCCACAGGACUUGCUGACGGGAUAUUGGCCCGCAGGUCCGGCGGUGACGACGUUAGGUCAAGGAGUAUUGAUUUCACGAUCGGCUUGCUGGAGUUUGUGGGAUUGAAGGAUAAGGAGAAGAGCCGGUCUCGCUCCAUGUGAGAUCGGGAAUUGGAAUCCAAGUGAGGAAGAGCGCGAGCAGAGUGAGAGAGCUCAGCGAUGGAUUGCGAGAAAACACUUUAUUACUAAUCAAAGUAUGGGAAGAAUAAAGUAUGGGACAACACCCAUGCCGUCCACCGGUUCCACCGCUAUUAUUUUGUUAUCUUCGUUCUUUUAGUUUUCUUGUUAUUAUUUCCGGUUAUUGUUCUAUGGAGUAUGGAAAGAAUAAAGCUGGAAUGUGAAAAACCGUGGUCUUAAUUUGUCUCAAUGAUUCACUGAUUCUAGCUUGUUUCGAUUAUUUUUGUUUAGUGUACUUCAGUCCAAACAUUUUCUAGUAAAACUUUAUGAAUUCAAC